UUUUUCCAUUAUUUCUUCUCAAAAGGAAAAGAUUGUUGCUGAACGUAAGGGGGCUUCAGUGGGGAGUGGCCCCCAUGCUGCUUCCAUUAUUGGAAGUGGUGGUGGUGGCACACCAACAAAAAGAAGGAGUGGAAGUGCCGGUAAACGCGACCAUAUCAAACAACAAAAUUCUUUAUUGGCCAAAGCUUUGGGUAAUUCUACACCUCCACCAAUUUUACAACAAAAUUCCCGUCCACAAAGUGGAGGGGGAGGGGGAGAGUCUGUUGCGAGUGGAGGUAUGGAAGGAAUAAAUGAAACGAGAUUUUAUUUUAAAGUUAUUACUUCAUUACCUAAUACACCUCCCCCACCUAUGUAUUCUUCCUCUUUGGAAAAAAUUGGGACACCAACAAUUGAGAAUGCUUCUCCAGUUGUUGCUGCCCCUUCAUCUUCUUCAAGUUCUGAAGACCAACAAAAAGAUUAUUGGGUCGCUCUUUUUGGUGCUGGAGGUGUUGGGAAAUCUUCCUUAGUUCAAAGAUUUAUCAAAAAUACAUUUACCGAUGUUUAUUCCCCAACAAUUGAAGAUACAUACCAACAAGUAAUUAAUUGUAGUGAUCAAGGUAGAUUAGCUGUUUGUACCCUUCAUUUAGUUGAUACAACUGGUUCUCAUCAAUUCCCAGCAAUGCAAAGACUUGCAAUGCAAAGAGGAAAUGCUUUUAUUCUCGUUUAUUCAAUUACUUCAAAACAAAGUUUAGAAGAACUUGGACCGAUUGUUAGAACAAUUAAAGAGACAAGAGGAAAUGAGGCAAUAAUGGAAGUACCGAUUGUUUUGGUUGGUAAUAAAAUAGACGAGUCAACAAAAAGAGAAGUUAGUUUUGAAACAGGCGAAGCAUUGGCACAAAGAUGGGGAUGUGGAUUUGUUGAAACAAGUGCAAAAUUGGGGCAAAAUAUAACUGAAUUAUUUCAACGUUUACUUUCAUUGGAAAAAAGAAGAAAUUUAACAUUAAAUGCAACGGAUUUAGUAAAUGAAAAAGGAGGAGAAGGAGGAGGAAUUAAUAAUUUAAUAAAUUCUUCUUCUAAACAAAAACGUUGUGCCAUAAUUUAA